AUGGCUUCAAGUUUGACCACGGUUGUUCAAAAUGCUCGUAAACUCCAUACAGCCACCGGCUUGGGUGAUAACGGAAACGGCUGGGCUCCAGAGACGGGAAAAAUGGGGAAAGCAUUGGAACACGUCAAAUUCAUUCUUCCAAAUGCUCCCGUACAACCAGUAACAAUUAAUUCUGGCAUGGAAAUGCCAUCAUGGUAUGAUAUUUAUGCAUUAGGGGAUACCGAAGAUAUCCUUAAGGAUCGAGUAGAUGAGGAAGGAGUAUUAUCGUCAGUCGUCUCAGUAAAUCGUCUUAUACGUAAUGAAAUUGAUGCUGGCAUUCAUUCAAAUCGAAUUGUCGUUGGAGGUUUCUCACAGGGAGCAGCGAUUGGGAUCACUGUUGGGAUAUCAUCCGAAUAUCCAUUGGAGAAAACAUUAACGAUGGCCACGGAUGCAAAUAAGAAUACACCCAUUUUCAUGGGUCAUGGUAUUUAUGAUCAGGUUGUGCCUUUUCGACUUGGGAAGUUGUCACAUGACCUAAUUAAAUCAAAAGGAUAUCCUAUAACAUUCAAAACUUAUAAUAUUCAACAUUCAUCAUAUCCGGAAGAAACUGAAGAUGUUAUUAAAUUCUUGCAACAAGUUAUUCCUGAAAAUUUCUAA